UUCCCAUAAGCAGAUUCUUAGUUUUAAUUAGAUUACAAACAUAUAAUGUUUCAUAUAAAACUUUAAUUUAAUAAUUUUAUUAUUAUUUCAGUUACAGCGGAUAUAUGAAUAAUACCAAUUUAAUUGUGAAAAAAAAAAUUUGUAAAUAAAAUUAAUAGUGGAAAUAAGUGGUACUGCAAAUAAAUAAAAACAAAGACUUUUGUUACAUUGUUAUUUUAACAUAUAUAAAAUGUUUUCGAAAAAGAAAAAGAAACCACUUAUUUCAAUGCCUAGUAAUUUUGAACACCGUGUUCAUACUGGUUUCGAUAAACAAGAGGGGCGUUAUGUCGGUUUGCCACUGCAAUGGGCAUCAAUAGUAGGUAAUAACCAAAUAUUAAAAUCAACUAAUAGACCACUACCUUUGGUAGACCCUUCGGAAAUUACACCAACAGAAAUCCUUGAUCUGAAGACAAUUGUGCGUCCACACCACAAUAAUAAUAAGUCAGACACAACGUCAUUAAACAAUACCUGCUUAUUAACUAAUACUCAUAGUUUUAAAUUACAUACACAUCACUUAAAUGAUAAUACGGGCUUAAGUGGCUUGAUGCUACCAAAAACGUCUCAUGUAGCACGAUCGAAUUCAUUACGUAGCUCAAGUCCCCCAAGAGUACGGCGCGAUCUUCGAGGAAAUGCAAAUGUUCCACCCAUUGUGUUGGAAGAAAACACACCUUUACAAUCAACAACAUUAUCGGAAAAUGUCAUACAUUCAGUAGACUUAGCUUGUAGGGCCCAAACACAAUCAAGUAUAAAUACAAUCAAUACACAAAGUUCAGGUCAGAACGAGUACAUGAGUCAAAAUACUUUAAAUAGUAGUGGUCCUUUAACUGUUAGAACAGAUUUGCCUGCUCCACAUAUAUUACACAAUCAAUAUCGCUUCGGCUUGGGAGUUGAUCAGAUGACUAAUCAACAGAUUUCUCCAGUUGGCUGUAAUGCAGGCAACAUACUUUCUACACAUUCUUAUUCUCACGCAACAAAUAAGACAAAUUUCCUUAUAUAUCCUUCACCACGAAAUUCUACCGUUGCAAAUUCAAUGCAUGCAGUAUCCCAACAGCAACUAAAAGUAAUAUCAUCUACGCAAGUUACAGCUGAUCAGAAUCAAAACCAUCCUCAUAAUUCGAACUUAUAUGCUAAGUCCUCUUCACGUGGUUCCAGCUCUAGUGGAGGAGCAAGUGGAGUAGGAGUAAAUAACACUAGCAUGGGGACACUUAUAUCACCACCGAAGCAAGAACAACGGUUAACGCAUGAACAGUUUCGUGCUGCUUUACAAAUGGUUGUAUCUGCUGGAGAUCCACGUGAGAACUUAAACAAUUUUAUGAAAAUUGGUGAAGGUUCAACUGGUACAGUUUGCAUCGCUACUGAGAAAUCAACAGGACGACAAGUCGCAGUUAAAAAAAUGGAUUUGAGAAAACAGCAAAGACGUGAACUUCUUUUUAAUGAAGUAGUUAUUAUGCGGGACUACCAUCAUCCAAAUAUUGUUGAAACAUAUUCAAGUUUUCUUGUAAAUGAUGAGUUAUGGGUUGUUAUGGAGUAUUUGGAAGGCGGUGCUCUAACAGAUAUUGUUACGCAUUCACGCAUGGAUGAGGAACAGAUUGCCACAGUUUGUAAACAAUGUCUGAAAGCACUUGCAUAUUUACAUUCGCAGGGUGUAAUACAUAGAGAUAUUAAAUCAGACUCUAUUCUUCUGGCAGCUGAUGGAAGAGUUAAAUUGUCUGAUUUCGGUUUUUGCGCGCAAGUCUCACAAGAACUACCAAAACGUAAAUCGCUUGUUGGUACACCUUACUGGAUGUCUCCAGAAGUAAUAUCACGUUUACCUUAUGGACCUGAGGUUGAUAUAUGGUCUUUAGGAAUAAUGGUAAUAGAAAUGGUAGAUGGGGAACCACCUUUUUUUAAUGAACCACCGCUCCAAGCAAUGAGACGCAUUCGUGACAUGCAGCCACCAAACUUAAAAAACGCUCACAAAGUUUCCCCAAGGUUGCAAUCCUUUUUGGAUCGAAUGCUAGUGCGUGAUCCUGCUCAGCGUGCUACAGCGACAGAACUCUUAAUACAUCCAUUUUUAAGACAGGCUGGUACGCCAUCUUUACUUGUACCACUUAUGCGUAAUAUAAGGCAAUAUUAAAACAAAACAUUUCAAUAAUACAUUUUUGUACAUUUACCUACAUUUAGUUUUAAUUUUAUUUUGCUAUAUCUGCAUUAUUGAUGUAUGAAUCUGUUCAUGAACUCAUAUUUUCCUUAUAUUGCAUUUAAAUUUUAAAUAACUACACUUAAGUUUUAUCGACCUACAAUAUACGAUAAUUGCAUAAACUACUAUUAAGUUACUCCUAAUAAUGUUCGUGUUUAAUUUAAAUAUUAUUUUAUAUCUUAGAGGUAAUUAUAA